AUGUACACGUACAGUAAACUUUCAGCCCUGCUUCUGGCAGCUAUCAACAUCCCUUCCGCGCGUGCGGACUCUUGCUACGCCGUGGGAUCCCUGAACACAAACUCCGAGGGCUUCGGACCAGGAGGAACAACCUACGCCGGUGGCCAGAGCCUGACUCUCUACAACUCCAAUGAUGAGAUGAUCGGGAGCUACGAUCUGUGCGAUACCUGCAGUGGCGUCUGUUCCGACUUUAUCUCGGUCCCGACCGGCAAUCUCUCGCAAGUUUUCGAAUGGGGUGCGUCUUGCGGCAAUGGAAACUUCGAUGAAUGCCACGGUGCUUAUGGCGAUCAGACUCACAUUGAAGGCGAGGAGCCGCAGAGCGGAACUGACUUCUACGGUCUUGGUAUCGACGCAACCUCUGAAUGUCGGGUCAACUUUGACUGCUAG